AUGGAACAAACAGACAUGUUGAGCUUGAAGAAGGAUGUUGGCUAUUGGUUAUUUAUUAGUGAAGUCAAAUCACAAGCUAAUGAAUUAUUCAUCAUUCAUGGCUUGAUGUUAACAAACAUCUUUACAACUUUAACAGAAUUCAAACUUUUUGAAGAGCUUAAUGAAAAGCUAAGAAAAUUAAUAUUAAUAAAAGUUUUGAUAUCCAUUAAAUUAGUUCGUGAUGAUUGCUUCAGUGGGAUUUUCUUUUGUUAUCCAAAUACACCCACGCACGUCGACAAGUAG